CCUCGAAUGAAACGCCUAUCUCUUGGACGACUGCUCCUCUAUGUAUUCCUAGGUCUUGUAGCCAGAAAAAUCAUCAUUGCUCUCAUAUCCAUGCACUAUGUGCAUAUGCACAAAGAUGAAGUCAGCUUUAAUGCGAUGAUAUUCUUUGGGUUGUCAAGUCCUAAAAUGAUGUCUAGCGAAAGCUUCAAAGCUACAGUGAAUUCUCUACCUCCAAACGAAGAAGCAUUUGUUCUGAUUCUUAACUCGCACGCUUUAAAUAUGACGCUAAACUGGUUAUGCAAUACUGAAGGAUUAGAAGGUGUUCACAAUAAAUCCCUAGAUACUUUUUGGGCGGAAAGUUUGUCUAAUGUAGAUGUAGAAACAAGACGAGAAGACAUUGUUUUCGACAGAGCAUCCGAAGUUGGAGAUUUGAUAGCCGGUGGUUACUACUAUGCAAAGCCAAGCCUGUCUUCCCUGGCCUACUUUGAAAGGUUGGCUUGGGAUAUCUCGUGGUGGUACGCACCUGACAAUGCCUACAUGACGUUCCUAUGCGAGCUUUCCGGCUUAGCGAACUGUGGUGGUCUGCCGUUUAGCUUGAUCACCAACUGGCACUGGUUGCAUGCUGAACCCUCAAACACCUCACCAUCUUUUAUUCAAUUUGAUGGCGAAACAAAUCUUGGAGGAAAGCUAGGAAAGAUGAAACGGCUAGGUUUUUACUUUCUGGAAGAAGAUGGAAAGACCUGCAAUCGAACAUCUGUAGAGGAUGCCUACAGAAUCCUCAAUGAGCGCACAUCAAACUGGUCGCAUUUAGCAUCAUCAAGUCAAAAACAAUUUAAAUUUUAUCAGAAUGUUGUUGACUCAAUGUACAGUAACUCAUUUACCAGGUGGUUUCUCAAUCGAUUUAUGUUCCCUUAUGCUCAUUAUUGUAUGUUGUCAUUUUAA